AUGGAUCCAUCAGGCAUAGAGCCCACUCCAAGCCUUGAGCAGGAAGGAGAGCUCAGCAGCCGCAGCCUCUCGUGCUCAUCUUUGCCGAGCCUUUUCGGCUCUCCCAUCGACGAAUACUUCAUUUCAUCAGAAGGCGACGCCAGCCAAACCGCUGAUCAGUCGGUGUGGCAACAGCAACCAAAGACAUACCCAGAGCCACAAUUCUUUUGGCCACUCCUCGAAGAUGAGUGGUACAUUCCCGCCGAACUCCCUCAUCUCAACGAGGAAACACAUGCAUGGCCUCCAUCCCAGGACGCGCCCAACAGUUUCCACAACACGUCCUUUCCUCAACAACAACUGGGCGGCGUUUACCAGCAAAGUAGUCAAUACUUUGUGGAGCAGCCUCUGCCCAUGAUUCCGGAGCCAAGCCCAGCAAUCCCCCCACCAUUCAAUGCGCCAUCCGCCGUCACUCACGAUAUGGAUUGGCGAGCAGAUCUGGCACGAUGGUACACUUCGUCCCAGAAUUCCGAAAGCGCUGCAUCAAGUCCAAUUGCAACCGUCUUGGGUAAUACCGAGCACAAUGUGGCCAAUAGUCUGCACGGCCAGCACCAGGCGGCCCCCAAGGCAGGCUUCACGACCAGCUUCACGAGUGGGCUAGGUCGGCUCCCAGCUCGCGCCCGGGGCAAAAAGUCGGCUACUGCUCGUCCAAAGCGUAGCGGGCCUAAAAGGGCCGGAAACCCCGAGAUAGACAAGUUUCCCUGCACGUUCUGCUGCGACGUCUUCACCACCAAGCAUGAUUGGACACGGCAUGAGACGUCGCGGCAUCUGCUUCUUGGCGGAUGGAAGUGCACGCCGUUUGGCCUUUUGACAGCAUCAGACAUCGAUGGCACGCCAAUUUGUUCCUACUGUGGCUUUGACAACCCGACAGAAGCACAUUUCAAGGAGCACGAGAGCCGAAGGUGCAACAAGGAGCACGUCUACGCCCGCAAGGAUAACCUCAAAGGGCACCUCAGGGCGAUCCACAAGGUUGAGCCCCCCCCGUGGCUGGAAACGUGGAAGCUGGAGCUGCCAGACGUAAAAUCGCGAUGCGGAUUCUGUGAUGGCCAAUUGGAUUCGUGGGAGAGUCGUGCAGAGCAUCUGACUGGGCAUUUCUACGACGGAAAGACGAUGGAGGAUUGGGAGGGAGAUCAUGAUUUUGCCCCUGAGAUCGCAGCUCAAGUCAUCAACGCCAUACCCCCGUACAUCAUUGCCGCCGAGUCAGCUGAGCCCGCGCCAUUCUCGGCAACGCAUCCGAACCGAGCAAACCAGAUGACUCGUCAUCGAUCGCUGAAGCAGAAACCGCUGGUGUGGAUGAGCUAG